AUGUUGAUCAAUGUAUCAAUUUCUCCUCUUGGCUUGCCAAGGCCUUGUUGGCCUUUGAUUUCAUUCCCCAUUGACCUCUCUACAGUGAUUGAUGAUUACAUGUACUUGGGGUUCUCUGCUUCCACUGGUGUGCUUGCAGCCACACAUAAUGUGCAUGGUUGGAGCUUUAGAAUUGGGGAGAGGGCACAAGACUUACAUCCAAAGGAGCCCCCAUCUCUUGUGACAGGUUCUGAAGAGGUAGUGCACAGAAAGGGACUUAUAAUUAGAAGCCAAGAUGAGAUUUUGGAAGACUGGGAAGUUGAAUAUGGAGCUCGUAGAUUCAAACAAGACAAGCUCCUUCUUGUUUAUGACUAUGUACCAAAUGGAGGCCUCGACAAGAUUUUGUUUGAUAGUGAGGAGCAGAGGAAAAUUCUAUCUUGGAAGCAAAUACACAAGAUCCUCAUCGGUGUUGCACAAGCAUUGCUCUACCUCCAUGAAGAAUCUGAACAAAGGGUGGUUCAUAGAGAUGUUAAGCCAAGUAAUGUACUUAAAGAUGCAAACCUCAAUGCAAGGCUUGGGGAUUUUGGCCUGCCUAGAACUUAUAAACAUGGUAUCAAUCCGCAAACAACUCACAUUGUGGGAACACUAGGGUACAUAGCCCCUGAAUUUACAAGGACUGGGAAAGCCACAAGAAGCACAGAUGAGUAUGGUUAUGGCAUACUUCUGCUAGAAGUAGCAUGUGGAAGGAGACCGAUCGAGCCAAAAAAGAACCCUGAGGAACUACUGUUGGUGGAUUGGGUAAGAGAACUACAUUCUCAAGGAGAGAUCAUAAGAGCAGUUGAUCCAAUACUGGAUGCUUGUGACCCAGAUGAAGUUGAGCUCGUGCUUGUUCUUGGUUUGCUCUCCUCUCUUCCACAUCCUGACCAUAGGCCUAGUAUGAGAAGAAUUCUUCAAAUCCUACUGGGAGAUGCUAGCCUUCCACCGCUACCACCUGCCAUUCACCUCGAAGAGUAUAGGAUGAUGGAAUUCUCCAAUGAUUCUGAUCUUUCUAGUUAUGGCAUGACCUCAUCAUUGAGCAGCAGUUUCAAACGCUUUGACAAAAUUGUUGCUAGUCCACAUGCACCCGUUAUUUUAUAA